AUGGCUUCUGCUCCUCAGAUCUAUAAACCACAACCAUUGACCACAGCUCAAAAAGAAUUGAUCAAGGCAUCGGUGCCUAUUCUUGAGACAAGUGGCUUGGAUCUUACCAAGACGUUCUACAAUUCAAUGCUCUCGGGAAACCCAGAGGUUAGGCCUUUUUUCAAUGACACUAACCAGAUCACUUACAGGCAGCCUAAAGUGUUGGCGUUUGCAUUGCUCAACUAUGCCAAAAACAUAGAUGACUUAACUCCAUUGACCGAUUUUGUCAACCAAAUUGUGGUUAAGCACGUUGGUUUGCAAGUCAGAGCAGAGCACUAUCCAGUUGUUGGAUCGCACUUGAUUGCGACUAUGGGCAAGCUCUUGGGUGAAGAGAUUGCAACCCCUGAAUUUGUGGAGGCCUGGUCAAUUGCCUACGGUAAUUUGGCCCAGCUUUUGAUUGACGCGGAAUUUGCAGAGUAUCAAAAACAGCCUUGGGAAGGAUUCAAGGACUUCGUGGUGACGAGGAUAGAAAAUGAGACCGAUGAUGUCAAGCUGGUUUACUUCAAGCCAGCCGACGGAACCAAGGUGGCAAAACCUUUAAGAGGUCAGUACCUCGGCUUCCGCUUCUUAAUUCCCGGUAGCGAUAUCGAGAAGUCUAGAGAAUAUUCCAUUUCGGAGUAUCCAGACGGUGAAUACCGUAUUUCAGUGAAGAAGCUCGACAAGGGUGUCAUUUCUGGCUACAUCCAUAGUACCUUGAAAGUCGGUGAUCACAUCAAAGUCGCCCCUCCAGCGGGUAGAUUUACGUACCAGGAAACAGAUAAGGACGUGGUGCUUUUUGCCGGUGGUAUAGGUAUCACCCCAUUGAUUUCCAUCACAGAAAAGGCUCUUCAAGAUGGAAAGAAAGUCACACUUUUAUACUCCAACCAGCGGGCCGAAGCGGUUCCUUUUGAGAACUGGUUUAAGCAGAAGCAAGAGGAGUACCCCAACUUCAAAUUCGUCAGUCUUAACGACGACAAAAGCGAAAAACUCUCUCAAAGUCACUUUGAUAGCUUAGACUUGCCCAACCUGGAAGUGUACAUGCUUGGUCCUCUUGGCUACAUGGAAUUUGUGAGAGAAGAGUUGUCCAAACGUGGAAAAACAGACAUUCACUCUGAAUUCUUUGGCCCAACGGCUGUAUAA